AUGGCGUUCAAGCUCGCUCUGACCGUAUUGUUGCUGGUUUUGGCCACAUUGGAGGCCAAAAAGUAUUGUGGAGGGCAAUUCAAUCAACUGCAGAAGAAGGUGUGCACCUACGACAAACAGGAUAGCCCCUGCUUGGGUGGGCCACAUCUGAAUCGAGAGAGUAAGCCGUUUUGAGAGGGUAUUCUGGGACAUUAUAUCUUGGGACUGGGACAUUUUAUACGCUCAAGACUGUCUGGAGAUUCCUGGGAUAUUUUUAAACGCAUAAAAUGGCGCUAAAACCUCUAGUUUUUAAUAACGGGCACCUACAGCUAUAUAUUUUAUAAUGCGUUACUGUCGCCGAAGUUAUAGUGACAUUUUAUACGAUGAAAGAUGUUUGAAAAAUUUUCAUCGUAUAAAAUGUCUCCUUGUCGAAAAGUAAAAAAUUUCGUCUUAUGGCAACAAAAAUCAAUCUUCCAUCAAUUUCCGGGGAAAUACGUCGAAAAUCCGAUCCAGUGCAUCGGUUUCUUUCGUAUAAAAUGUCGCCUAGAACCUAAUUAAAAAUAUCGCAAAUUUGUUUUAUUUUCAGUCCAGGACAAGUGCUGUAAGGAAGGGUGUUCGCUCGGAGACAUCUCAAAGACCUGCUGCUUCACCGAUUCCUGUCUGAAGAGCUGUUAUCCCGGCCUGGAGCAUCAAACCGGCAAGAAGCGAAUCAACAAGAUGGGAAAUGUAUACUAA